AUGACACCGCCCUCAGAGAAGACAGACAGUGUGUCAAGAGUAAAGGCACUAGCUGCGCUUGUUAACGCUACAUUGGAAUCACGAGCAUAUAUCGAUACAAAGUUAUUAUUCCCCAGUAUUAACUGGUCUUAUCUUGUAUCAGAUCAAAUCAAAAACAACCCCAACAUUGCUGACGUGGAGACUACCGAGACAAUUUGCCAAAACGAUGAAAAUAUUCUCCGUGUGAUUCAUGAGUUGAUUUUGAGUAUCGAUAAGAAUCGUCAUCGCCAGAAAAAGCUCAAUGAAACAUUAUUGGCAAAAGAUCGCCAGAUAGAUGAUUUAAAUCGUCAUGUAUUGACACUAGAAAAGAAGUUGGCUAGCAAAGAACAUAAGAGUCGGGAUUCACUCAUAGACCAUACUUUGUUAACCAAACAGGUUGAACAUCUAAGUAGGACCAAUAAGUUGCAACUGAAAAAUGUCAAAACAUUGACGACAUCAAAUAAGGAUCUACAAGCAAAAUAUCGAGUUGAAUUGAAACGCAAAAAUUUAGAAAUCAGCAAUUUAAAAAACAAGUUACUUGAAAAGAGAAGUUUGAGCUCAACUAUUGAAUAUGGAAUACCACUAACACCAUCGCUGCGACCAACAACAACAACAAUAAAUCUUAGCGAUCAAGUAGUCAACGAUAAAGAGAUUUACAACAAUACCCCCAUCAUUGACAACAAUUCGAAUCUAGGGAUAUCUUUUGAUAACGUUGAGCUUGCCAAGAUUCAAAAAAUCGUUCGCGAUGAUUCGUCAGAAUAUAUCAAAUCACUAACAAUGAUUAUUGAGAGCAUCACUGGUGAAAAUUAUAAAUUGACAAAUUUCAUUCACCACGUUAAGAAUUACUUGUCAAUGGUUAAUUUACAAAUUACAAAUUACAAGGGUGCUGAACUAGACUUGGGGAUCCCUGCGCCAUCCGAUAUGAUUGACUUGAAACAAAUAAAUGACAUGGAUGAAACUGUGGUGCAAAAGUAUUAUAAUGAGAUUGAUAAUUCUGAAGUGGUGGAGUUGCCCUUGGUGAAUGAAUUUUAUAAAUUGUAUCACAACUUGAAACAAAUGUUGGAAUUGGUGGCUAAUAUUGGAAUUGACCAAGAAGCUCAAAAAGUUAUUGAUAACCUUCGACAGGAUCUUAAAGUGACAAAAGAAUGUUUACAAGAUUCAUUGGAAAUGAAUGAAAAAUGGAAAAAGAUUGCUAGAAAGAGAGAAGAUACGUGA